AUUUUAUUUCAAAUUACAUGGCCUAAAAUACAACAAGUGGACCUAUGCAAAAGUUUAAAAUAGUCUUCUUAGGCAAUCAAUCAGUUGGGAAGACAUCAAUAAUUAAUCGAUUUAUAUUUGACAAUUUCACAGGCAAUGAAUAGGUAUUUGGAAUUCAAAUAAUAAUAGCCUACUGUUGGCAUUGAUUUCAUUUCUAAAACACUUCAAGUUGAUAACAAAUCAGUCAGAUUGUAAUUAUGGGAUACUGCAGGAUAGGAGAGAUUCAGAUCUCUUAUUCCAAGUUAUAUAAGGGAUUCCCAAGCCGCCAUUAUAUGCUACGACAUCACAAGUAAGUGCUAUUCUGCAUAAUAAAGACGAGAAAUCCUUUUAGGAUUUGUAAAAAUGGAUUGAAGAUGUGAAGGAUGAAAGAGGAGAUGAAGUUUUAAUUUAUAUUUUGGGAAAUAAGACUGAUCUAGAUCAAGAAAGAGUGAUUCAAACUGAUAUCGGUGAAUAAAAAGCCAAAGUAAUAAUAUUAAAUUCAAAAUAUAAAGGAAUUAGGAGCCUCAUUUUCAGAAGUUUCAGCUAAAAGUGCACAUAAUGUUGCAGAAUUCUUCAAAAAACUAUCCUAUGAUUUACAAGGAAAUCCAAACGAAUAGCAAUCUUAACAGCAACCCUAACAACAACCAUAACAAGUAAAGAACCUAUUAAUUUAAUAGAAGGUCCCACAAUAGCAAUAAUAGCCGAAUCAAGGGUAAUAACUAAAACCCAGUGAAUAAACAGAUGAUAAAAAACAAGGAAGCGGAUGUUGUUGAACAUUAAUUUAUAUCAUUUUAUUGUUCUGC